AUGCAAAACCUCAUCAAACUCCUAAAGAGCACCACAGCAAACUAUAUAGCCGUCGACAACGACUACGUCUACUGGUUCGAUUACUAUGUCAAGUACAUGCACCGGGUCGUCCCGCAACAAAUCUGGGAUUUUGUCUCCUUGGGCGACAAAGGGUCGGUCAAUAAAUACUUCGACUGCACACUUCGGGACGGCGACCACCAUGACCCGCAGACCUGCCCUGUCUUAUCCAUCGCGAUGUCUUACCACGUCGACUACGGCUUUAAUGACGAGAAGGGAUUUUGGGAUGCCGUGGCCGCGCGCGGGAUCCAGAAAGACUGGAUUAGUUUCAAAGAAUGGGAUAUUCUGAACCCUUGUCCGCCUAAAGAUCCUUUGUGGCCGGAUACAUGUCAGACUGGUAAGGUUAUGUUGGAGGAUUACCCGCAUCCGCCGGAUAAUAUGACUUUCGCGAACCCCAUGGAUGUCAUCAGCAAAAGCGGCGACAAAUUCGACCCGUUGGAGCUGGACAUCCUAACGACCUGGACGGAAAUCAUGUUUUGCUUUUGGGACGGGGACUACGACGACACAGCCGAGGCUCUCUCACUCCCUGUGUUUAUGCUCGCACAGGCAGUCGAGUCAAUGGAGCAGGUCAAACAACUCGGCAAGGAAGAAAAGGAGUUAGAGGAGACAGAGCUAAUCAUGAGGAUUCUCACCGCUGUUCUGCUUGUUGUGCCCUUUGCCUUAGAGAUUGUCGGCGAGGUUGCGGGGCUGGCUUGGGUGGUUGAGGCCGCGGUUGUGGUUGAUAUUGUUGGCAACGCGGCGGUGGGCGUGUAUGAUGUUGUCAAGAACAAGGCGAGUCCGGCUAUGGCGGUGGUGGAUAUUCUUUUGGGUGCUAUGGGGCGCAGGACGGGGAAAAAUUAUUCAAAUGCGGCGUCGAAGAGGCGGGAGAUGGGAGUGGAGGAUGUGAGCAAGUUUGGGGAUGUGUUUAACCGGCAUGAUGAUGCGCUCAGGAAGAUGAUUCCUGUGGACAGGUGUAAGGCUUGA